AUGUCCGACUCACAACCGUCGACUCCCCUGCGCAGAGAGCGCGCGCCAACCAUCACCAUUGACACAUCCGCCGUCAACUCGCCCGAGACUUCAAAUCCUCAAGUGCUGUCCGACAGCUCGGCGUCGCCCUUCGCCGAUAGUCAUGAGAAUGGCGUGUCACCCACCGAGAUGCGCUCCACGGCAUCGAUUCGCUCCAACGGCUCCUCCGAGGCCCGAGAUAGGGAGGAUCGACCCUUAUCGCCUCACAACGUCUCGUCGCCAACCAAAGUCCCCGAGGCGCAUUCGAAUUUCCUCUCCGUCCCCGGAGCUCGGUCCCGAGGAAAUUCCCUGGAGUCGGAAGAUACCAGCCAAACAUCCUCUACCUACGGCGGCGAUACCUAUGUCCCUUCUGCAUCACACGGAUCCAAAUCCGACCUGACCAAGAAUGUAUUCGUCGAUGAUGAGGAGGCACUGACCCCAGACCCCGGCCGCGAACCGGAGUUUGAGGUCGAGGAUAACAAGUUCGCCUUCUCGCCCGGCCAGCUGAACAAGCUACUCAACCCCAAGAGCUUUGGGGCAUUCCGCGCGCUGGGUGGCUUGCGAGGACUCGAGAAGGGACUUCGGACAGAUGUCCGAAGCGGGUUAAGCGUGGACGAGAACCUCCUCGACGGAACGGUCACCUUUGACGACGCGGUUUCCUCGGGUGACAGGCCCAAGACGGCCUCGCCGACUCCAUCACCCACUACCGAGGGCUCUGUGAAGGAGACCGAAGUUGAUUUCACCGAUCGCCGACGAAUUUACGGCGAUAAUAAGCUCCCAGAGAGAAAGUUAAAGACCAUCUGGGAGCUCGCUUGGAUUGCAUAUAACGACAAGGUAUUGAUUCUCUUGACCGUCGCGGCAAUUAUUUCCCUUGCCGUUGGUAUUCCACAAUCACUCCACCCGGCGAACCCAGAUGAGCCCGGCGUGGAAUGGGUGGAAGGAUUGGCCAUUUUGGUGGCCAUCAUCAUCGUGGUGACUGUGGGUGCAGCGAAUGACUGGCAAAAAGAACGACAAUUUGCAAAACUGAAUAAAAAGAAGGAAAAUCGACAGGUGAAAGUGAAGCGAUCCGGCCGGACGGAGGAAAUCUCCGUCCACGAUGUUUUGGUUGGAGAUGUCAUGCUCCUAGAACCCGGUGACCUGGUUCCGGUCGAUGGCAUCUUGAUCGAAGGCCAUGACCUCAAGUGCGACGAGUCUUCGGCCACUGGUGAGUCCGAUGUUCUUCGAAAAACCGCUGGCGAUGAUGUGUAUCGCACAAUCGAACAGCAGGAAGACUUGAAGAAAAUGGAUCCCUUUAUCAUCUCCGGUGCGAAAGUCUCCGAGGGCGUCGGCACCUUUUUGGUCACUGCUACAGGCAUGCACGCUACCUUUGGCCGGACCAUGAUGUCUCUCCAAGAAGAGGGUGAAACCACACCUUUGCAAACCAAGCUCAACGUACUGGCCGAGUACAUCGCUAAACUCGGUCUUGCCUCGGGCUUGUUGCUGUUUGUGGUUCUUUUCAUCAAAUUCUUGGCUCGCCUCCACAGUAUCGAGGGUGGUGCAGAUGCGAAGGGUCAAGCUUUCCUGCAGAUUUUCAUUGUGGCUGUUACUAUUGUCGUCGUCGCAGUGCCCGAAGGUUUGCCGCUGGCCGUCACCCUUGCUCUCGCCUUUGCAACGACACGAAUGAUUAAAGAUAACAACCUCGUCCGGUACUUAAAAGCUUGUGAAACUAUGGGAAAUGCCACCACGAUCUGCUCCGACAAGACUGGAACAUUAACGGAGAACAAAAUGACCGCGGUAGCCGCGACAUUGGGUACCACCUCGCGGUUUGGAAAAUACUCUGGUGUAUCGGCCGACGAUCAGACCGAAAUAACGCCUUCCGAAUUUGUGUCUACGCUUUCGCCGUCUAUGAAGGAUAUCUUGCUUCAAUCGAUUGUAUUCAACUCGACCGCAUUCGAAGGCGAGUCGGAUGGAGUCAAGACUUACAUUGGAUCAAAGACAGAAACUGCUCUUUUGACCUUCGCCCGGGAUAACCUCGGAAUGGGACCCCUCGACGAAGCCAAGGCCAACGGCGAACUGGUGCAGAUCUAUCCAUUUGACUCUGGGCGUAAAUGCAUGGCAGUUGUCCUCAAGCUGGACAAUGGCAAGUAUCGAAUGUUAGUCAAGGGUGCCGCCGAGAUCUUGGUUGCCAAGUCUACACGCAUCGUCCGUGACCCGACGGACGAACUAUCCGAGUCUCCUCUCUCCGACGACACCAGAAGCUCACUCGACGCCAUCAUGGUUAACUACGCCUCACGUUCUCUCCGUUGUAUUGCCCUCGUCUAUCGUGACUUUGAUCAAUGGCCCCCACGCGGCGCCCCGAUCUCAGAAACGGACCGUAACCAGGCAGUCUUCGAGCCGAUCUUCAAGGACAUGGCAAUGUUGGGUAUCUUUGGUAUUCAGGAUCCGGUGCGAGCUGGAGUUGCCGAGGCAGUCUACGCUUGCCAGCGCGCUGGCGUCUUCGUCCGCAUGGUCACUGGAGAUAACAUCAACACUGCCAAGGCAAUUGCCCAAGAGUGCGGGAUCUACACACCUGGUGGCAUUGCCAUUGAAGGUCCUAAAUUCCGCAAGCUGAGCAGCCGUCAAAUGAACCAGAUCAUUCCUAGACUUCAGGUCAUCGCUCGAUCAAGCCCGGAUGACAAGAAGAUUUUGGUGAACCAAUUGAAGAAGCUGGGAGAGACUGUUGCCGUCACUGGAGAUGGUACCAACGAUGCGCAAGCGCUUAAGAACGCCGAUGUCGGUUUUGCCAUGGGUAUCGCUGGCACUGAAGUUGCGAAAGAGGCAUCUGAUAUUAUUCUUAUGGAUGACAACUUUUCUUCCAUCGUCAAAGCCAUGGCCUGGGGUCGCACUGUUUGUGAUGCUGUGAAGAAGUUCCUGCAAUUCCAAAUUACCGUCAACAUCACUGCUGUCAUCCUGACCUUCGUCUCUGCUGUCGCUAGUGGUAACGAGGAUUCGGUUCUCAGUGCAGUUCAACUUCUGUGGGUUAACUUGAUCAUGGACACCUUCGCUGCUCUCGCCUUGGCCACCGAUCCUCCUACGGAUACUGUUCUCGACCGAAAGCCGGAGUCGAAAUCGGAUCCUCUCAUUACACUGACAAUGUGGAAGAUGAUCAUCGGACAAUCUAUCUACCAACUUGUUGUGACCUUCGUGUUGAACUUCGCUGGCAGCCACAUUUUCACAUGGGAGCACGAACACAUGCAGACUGUGGUUUUCAACACUUUCGUCUUCAUGCAGAUUUUCAAUCAGUACAACUCCCGACGUAUCGACAACAAGCUGAACAUCAUGGAGGGCAUCUGGAAGAACAACUGGUUCAUUGGCAUCCAGCUCAUCAUCAUUGGAGGCCAAGUUUUGAUCAUCUUUGUCGGUGGUGCCGCUUUCUCCGUCAAGCGUCUUGACCAAGGAUCCCAGUGGGCUGUCAGUCUUGUACUCGGAGCGAUUUCAGUCCCAAUCGCCGUGAUCAUCCGCCUGAUCCCAGACGAGUUCAUCAGCAGACUCAUUCCCAACUUCUGGUCCCGCGAGAAGGGACCCGAGCUCGUCGUCUCCGACGAAGACCGCAACUACGAAUGGAACCCGGCCAUUCAAGAAAUCCGCGACCAGCUCGCUUUCAUCAAGCGGGUCCGCGGUGGCCGUCUCCGCCACAUUCGUCACAAGCUCCAGCAUCCCCAGGAAUUCCUUCCUCGAUCCCGAAGCGGUUCCCGUUCCCGCGAUUCUUCCCCGCCAACACCAAACGAAGACCUCGAGAACGGCGGUAGCCCAUCCCCUCAGCCCAUGACCCCCGAGUCACGAUCUCGACGCAACACCCGGUCCCGCUCCAACUCUGCAUUCGGCCCCGCCGCCGCCAUGGCAGGCAUUGUCGCCGGCAGUAUUGCCGGCUGGUCUCCUAUUGAGCGAAACCACGGCGAAGCAGACUCAAUAACCUUCCCCACAACCGGCGGACCGUACAGCGGUCUCGAUCGCGAGCAAGGCAUAGAAGUCCACCCAGAUACCGCGGCCGACGAACGCAUCCUGAGCGACUACUCCGCGACAUCGAAGACACCGCCGAGCCAGAACCCAGAUCUGAUUCCGUUCUUCGAACAUGCGCCCUCUGAGCGCGCGCCCUCGAGUCGUGGACGUCGUUCUCUAUCGCAGCGGUCGAGGUCGAGCCUCAGCCAGUCUCACGUUUGA